AUGACGCCGGCUCCACACGAUGCACCCCCGACUGGCGGUGCAAUGCCGAUCCAUCAGAAUUCAUACAGCUCCUCGGUCGAUACCCACUAUUACAAUGGCAACGGGGUUUCGGUGGGACGUAAACCCACCACCUUGGGUAGAGCGCCUACGCGACGCAUUGCACCGGGCGCCAAUAGUAUUGCGAAUGCCAGCCAUAAUAUCCAACGAGGACGUACUUUGAUUCGUCCAGAUCGAUACCAGGAACCACCACCGCUACUGACAGGCAAACAAGCCACGAGUCGCAGCUUAUUUGAUCCUUGGGUCCUGAUCUCUCGUAUCGUCACCUUUUGGGCUUUUCCUCCCAUGCUUCGGGCAAUGGGGAAAACCGAUGCAGGUAUGCAACAAGCAUGGCGCGAGAAAAUCACCUUGUGCUUCAUCAUUGCUUGUAUGGGUGGUUUUGUCGCCUUUAUUACCAUUGGCCUCAGCUCCGUCAUGUGCCCUCCCGAUCAAUCCAACAACCAGCAAAUGUAUGCCUCGUACAAUGAUACCAUCAACAGUGCAUCGUUGUUAGGUAUCGCAGGAUGGCAGUUCAAUAUCAGCGAGACAGAAACUCUCGGCCACAUCAAUCUCUUUGAUCUUAUUCCAGGCACAGACAUCACCAACCAUUUCCAGCAUGGCGCCAAUUUGGCCGCUUGUCAGGAUACGGGGAACACGGUGGCAAAUCAGUUUGCGGCCGUCACCUUCAAUCCUUGUGUCCCUAAUAACGGCUAUCAAGGUUGCUCACUCGGUCCCCUGAAUCAAGCCACCAUGAAUCAGCUCAAUCUCAAGAAUUCUACUCGUCUCGUCGGUUUCGAUUGGACACAAUUAGCAUCAUCCAACUUGACCAACUUUUUCGUCAUUGACGGCAGUGUCCUCAACAUGGAUCCUUACAUCAAUGCCCAUCCUGUUCCCAUUCCCAACGAUCCGCUCGACACCCUGAUUCGUGAGAUUCUCAAUCAAACGUUUGCCGAAGGUGGUCGUGACGGUACCAAGAACUUCUUCCGCCGCUCUGAACUCCGCGCUUCCAUCAACUGCAUGGUUCAAAAGUACCGUGCGGGUCACAUUGACAAAGCCACGCCGGGAUGUUUCACGGCCUCCAUUGUAUUAUUCUGCUCACUGUUCAUCGUAUUGGCUAUUGUCCUGGCUCGUUUUUUCAUGGCCUUAAUCUUCUCAUGGUUCCUGUCUCGCAAGUUGUCACGGACACCGCCUCCUGCUCCUCGUUCGGCUUCGGUGAUGAACCAAACCAUGGAGAUGUCGGAUAUUAGGAAACCACAACGAAUGGAUUCUGGGUCAACCUUGGGGACACAGAAAACAUUGGUGGAAGUAGGCAAUGAUCUGUACACAGUCAUGUUAAUUACUUGCUAUUCAGAGAACACCGAAGGGAUCCGUGCAACCGUCGAAUCACUCUCCGCCACGGAAUACCCUGACGACCGAAAAUUGCUGUUUCUCAUUGCCGACGGCAUUAUCACGGGCAGUGGCGAAACACGAUCGACUCCCGACAUGUGCCUGGACCUUAUCACAUUUGAUAACCCUGAAAUGAAACUCGCCGAAGCCAAAUCGUACAUUGCGGUGGCUGCAGGCGCCAAACAACACAACUGCGCUAAAGUGUAUGCUGGUCACUAUGUGUGCAAAGGACACAAGGUGCCGAUGAUUUUGGUGGUCAAGUGUGGUGCGCCCGAAGAAGAAGGAAAGCCCAAACCUGGCAAUCGAGGCAAACGCGAUUCGCAGUUGAUCUUGAUGAAUUUUUUCAGUCGCGUCACUUACAACGAUCGGAUGACCCCGCUGGACUAUGAGCUUUUCCAAAAAAUCCAUUAUCUCAUGGGGGUUACACCGGAUAUGUUUGAAUUGGUCCUAAUGGUAGACGCCGACACCAAAGUGUAUGCGUCGUCGCUCCGCUUGCUCGUGAACUGCAUGGUGAACGAUAAUUUGAUCAUGGGUUUGUGCGGUGAAACCAAAAUCGCCAACAAACGCGGGUCGUGGGUCACCGCCAUCCAGGUCUAUGAAUAUUUCAUUUCGCAUCAUUUGGCAAAGGGGUUUGAGGCCGUGUUUGGUGGCGUGACAUGUCUGCCCGGUUGUUUCAGUAUGUACAGACUGAAAGCACGCAAAGGUGACGGAGAUUGGGUGCCCAUCAUCACCAAACCGGAAAUUGUCCAGGAAUACUCGCAAAACACUGUCACCACCUUGCAUCAAAAGAAUCUCUUGCUUCUCGGUGAAGAUCGUUUCCUGACGACCCUUAUGUUACGUAAUUUCCCUUACCGCAAAAUGGUUUUCACCCCACAAGCAAUCUGUAAGACCAUUGUACCUGAUGAAUUCAAGGUGUUAUUGUCACAACGUCGUCGAUGGAUCAAUUCUACUAUCCACAAUUUGUUCGAAUUGGUGCUUGUGCGUAACCUGUGUGGUACCUUUUGUUUUUCCAUGCAGUUUGUUGUCAUGAUGGAUCUUAUCGGUACCUUGACGUUGCCCGUGGCUAUCGUACUGACCGUGGUAUUGGUUGCGAACAUGGCUGCGACUAAAAUCACCAGUUUCACCAUGGCGGUCCCGUUGAUUCUGUUGAUUAUCGUGCUAUUUUCCCCGGCGUUCUUGAUUCUCAUCACUACACGUAAAUGGGUGUACCUUAUGUGGAUGUUGGUGUACUUGUGUGCCUUGCCUAUCUGGAAUUUUGUGUUGCCAGUGUACUCCUUCUGGCACUUUGACGAUUUCUCGUGGGGUGAGACACGCAAAGUGACAGGCGAAGUCAAAGGCGAAGAUCACGGUAAAAAGGAUGGUGAAUUCGAUCCCAGCAAAGUGCCGCUCAAACGAUGGGAGGAUUACGAACGUAAACGCGUGCGAGCCGUGAAACGACGUGAACGAAAAUUACGAGAGCUGGGGCCCACGCAUUUGACGCACAGCAUUGUGGCCGAAGAGGAUGACAGUCGUCGUGGUUUAUUGGCAGAUCCACCCAUGAUGGACUCGGAUUCGGCGUCCAACCUGUCGUACGAUACACGAUCGGAACAUCAGCAACCCAUGCAUUACUUUGACCCGUCCAAAGAAGCGCCUGGAAAGGCCAGCUCGGGAUACUAUCCUUCGUACCGUCCUCAGUCCCAACCGCAUCAUCCUCCACCCAUGCAUGCCCCACCUAUGCACGCCCCGCCCAUGCAUCCGCAACCGAUGCAGCCACACGUGAUGUCGAAUCAGCACCCAACACCAAGAAUGCAACCACUUCCUCAACCUCACGCCGCGGCUCCAGGUCCAUGGGGUCCUCAAGGCGGCCAAAAUUUCGGUCCUAAGCAACUCCAUCACCCACAGCAAAGGCGGCCUGCUCAGCCGUCUCAACCGUCUCAACCGUAUUACAACGCCCGUCCUCCCAUGCCCCCGCCUAAAUAA